CUGUCUGCUAGCAGCUUUUAGUUUGUACAAAAAAAUUUAAUGUUGUGAAUUGAAUUGUAUAAUAUAUUUUUGAAUUAAAUCAUUGAGUCGGACAGUUGUAUCAGGAAUAGAAUUAUAAAAAAUAGCAUCAUAUGACUUACGUGAAAGUUUUUUUUUGGUUAUAGUAUUUUUUGUUGAAAAUAAUGUGGCAUUAAUAUUGCCCAAAUGAGUGCGUGUGCAUUACUCCUGAAUAGUACUAACAUCCAAUUCAUAAGCAUUUUUGAAUACCAAUAUAUUUGCAUGUCACCAAGAAAAUAGUACCGUUCCUGUAGCCGCGAUGGAUUCCGAUGAGUUCAGUGACCCUGAAGCUGAAGUAAACGAAACCAGAGCCAAGCCGGGUGGUGGAUCUGAAUCAAGAGCCUCUUCAGCUUUCGUUGCUGCGUUCGGCAACCUGAAGAAGUCGGAGUUCUACAAGGCCCCGGAGCCGCUGCCGUCCUCCAGCGCCCACCCCGGGGCCACGAGGGCCCCCGCGCCGGGGGGCUCCGAGCCGGGCGCCCCGAAGGCUGCAACCGGCAGGACCAACUGCGUCCUCGUCAGCCACAAGCAGCGGGGAAACCCGCUCCUGAAGUCCAUCUGCAACGUGCCGUGGGAGUACAGCGAGAUCGUGCCGGACUACGUGAUGGGCAAGACGACGUGCGCGCUCUUUCUGAGCCUGCGCUACCACAACCUGAACCCCGACUACAUCAACGAGCGCCUCAAGCUGCUGGGCAGGCAGUACGAGCUGCGCGUGUUGCUGGUGCAGGUGGACGUGAAGGAACCCAACCACGCCCUCAAGAACUUGACGCGCAUCUGCAUCCUGGCCGACCUGACGAUGAUGCUGGCGUGGAGCGCGGAGGAGGCGGGCCGCAUCGUCGAGACUUACAAGAUCUACGAGAACAAGCCCCCGGACCUGAUCAUGGAGCGCCCGAACAGCAGCCCGCACCAGCAGCUGGUGUCGGCGCUGACGUCGGUGCGCUCGGUGAACAAGACGGACGCCGCCACGCUGCUGUCGACGUUCGGCUCGCUGGAGCGGGUGAUACGCGCCUCGCCCGACGCGCUCGGCCUCUGCCCGGGGCUGGGCGCCCAGAAGGCGGGCCGCCUGCACCGCGUGCUGCACCAGCCGUUCGUGCGGCACCGCGCGGCGGCCGCCGCCUCCCGGCGGGGCGCCCGCGAGUGACGGCCGUGUCUCCCGCGGCGCUCGCUCUUGAGACGCAGACGCGCGAUCGGGGCUCCUUCACGUCCGCCUGCGAGUCACGGAGCACUGCAGUUGGAGUGUGGGUGAAACCUGCUCGGGCCUGACGCCGAGUCCACGUAGGGACGGCAACACCUGGUGACCGGGGAAAAGACUUUACGGUUUUUAUCUCUGGGUCGAUUUUCGUUUUUAAAACAAGAAAUUUUUGUGUCAUUGUUAGAGACCCGAAAAAAUCGCCGGUUCAUUUCGUGUUAUGCUAAAAUUCAAAUAAUUAUACCUUAGUUUUGCUUCUGUCAUUGGUUCACUGUUAAUAUGGAGGACUUAGGUCCAAUUAGAGACCCUCACUCAUAGAAGUGUCGAAUUACAGGCCACCCAGUCGAGACGACUCACAAGUCAGCAGCCAAUGAACAGUUGGCAUUUGCCCGAGUGUGUAGAGGAUAUUGAAGUCUAUCCUGGAUGUCAUUUAAUCCGCGAAUUUUAAGGUUCUCUAGUCAUUGUUUAUACAUACACACAGCUGAGAGAGAAUUCAUUUAGAUCCGAGCCAUCUUUCUGUUUCUUGGUGCGCUCCGCCUGUGGGAUGAACAUCGGCAGAACGCUGCCUCCCCUGAUGCUGGAACACUAACGAUCAGGACUGAUCGUUGUAUUUUAUGAAUAGGAAGAUUUUACAAGCGGAAACCAUAUUUAUUUGUCAUCACUGUUUUACGUGUUCUUUGGAAGUUUGUUGCGAUGGAAGUAAGUAACUUGGUGGAAAAUUACGUACAUUGCAAAAAAAAAUAUGGAAAAAUCUUUGCAACUACAUAUUUAUUAAUAUAUUAUGUCAGUUAAUUUUUAUCAAAAUCAUAAUUUUUUUAAUCUUUGUACUUUAUACUUGUAAUUUUUUUUUAUGUGAUUAAAUAUUUUUAUGCUUACGUGGUUGAAACAGUUUGAACUCUUUGGUCCACUUAACCCAUUGGCUCCUUGCGCAUGAACUGGGAAGUGAGCGCUGCUCUGAGAGAGUGGCGUUUCAGAGUGAACAUUUCACAAGGUUGUUCAGUGUGAGAGUAGGUUCUCACACCCCUUGCUCUGCUGAAGCAACUCGCCAUUUUUUUUUUGUUCCUGGAACGCAGCGACUGAGAACACGCUGAUCAACUGUUGAAGAUGUACAGAGCCCAGAGGACUCGCUACGACUUAACCACCAAAGUCAUGUUGUUCUGGAAAUGAUAUACACAAACGUGAUUUUUUAUUGAAAGGUAAAACCUAUCUUCCAGUAAACUUACGCAUAGUUUAGGGAUGGUUGUAUUUCACGAAAGUAUUACAUGCCAUGUUGGCUCUCAAAGCAAUACAGCUAGUGCCUACUCUUUUGGUUGGUGGAUGUAUAUCAGGACUUGUUUCUUAUCAGGCAAAUCAUAACCAUUUGGUAGUACUACCAGAACUGCCGCAUUCUCAUUGGCUAGU